CAUUUCAGCAUCAUCUCCACCACCUCCAUAUUCUGCAUCUAUACCGACAGCAUCAUCUCCACCACCUCCAUAUUCUGCAUCUAUGCCAUCAGCAUCAUCCACAGUACCUUCAUACUCUGCAUCUAUACCAACAGCAUCUACAGUACCUUCAUACUCUGCAUCUAUACCAACAGCAUCAUCUCCACCACCUCCAUAUUCUGCAUCUAUACCGACAGCAUCAUCUCCACCACCUCCAUAUUCGGCAUCUAUACCGACAGCAUCAUCUCCACCACCUCCAUAUUCUGCAUCUAUACCGACAGCAUCAUCUCCAGUACCUCCAUUAUCUGCAUCUAUACCGACAGCAUCAUCUCCACCACCUCCAUAUUCUGCAUCUAUACCAACAGCAUCAUCACCAGCGCCUCCAUAUUCUGCAUCUAUACCAGCAGCAUCAUCUACAGCACCUCCAUAUUCUGCAUCUAUACCAUCAGUGUCACCUCCAGCACUUCCAUAUUCUGCAUCUAUACCGACAGCAUCAUCAAGCUCAACGCCAUAUUUAGUAUCUACGCCAACAGUAUCAUCAAGCUCAUCACCAUAUUUAGGAUCUACUCCAACAGUAUCAUCAAGCUCAACGCCAUAUUCAGGAUCUACUCCAACAGUUGAAAACUGCAGAUUUAUGGAUGGAAUGGCAAAAGGGAAAUUUAUCCCAGAUUCUGAUAUCUUCAUAUCCACUAAGGAAUCUCCAGAAGUGCUACGGCCAUUUGGAACAGGUUGGAAAAUAAAGCCAUCUGCUUCAUCAAAAGUUAGAGUUAAAAUUGAUAACAACAUUUUGAAAUAUGGAGCAGCAAUUAUUUUACAGAAGCAUAAAAAUGUAGCCACGUUUACCAUAAGUUUUCAGAAAGAUCAUUCAAAUGUAAUUAGGACUUUUGAAGCAACUGAAAAUGGUACAAUACCACAAGGAACAAAUGCAAGCCAGAUUCUGAUUCACUUUCAAUCAGUAAACUCAGAAGAACCAAUGACUGUCACUAUGACAAUUAUUGGCUGUUUCCAAACAAUAAUAUCACCAAGCUCAACGCCAUAUUUAGGAUCUACUCCAACAGUAUCUUCCGUAUCAACACCGUAUUUGGAAUCCACAGCAACAGUAUCAUCCGUAUCAACACCGUAUUUAGAAUCUACAGCAACAGUAUCAUCCGUAUCAACACCGUAUUUAGAAUCUACAGCAACAGUAUCAUCCGUAUCAACACCGUAUUUAGAAUCUACAGCAACAGCAUCAUCCGUGUCAACACCAUAUUUAGAAUCCACAGCAACAGCACCGGCUGUAUCUACACUGCCUUCAGAACCUCCAGCAAUAGCAACAUCUGCAGCAGUAUCAUCUGUACCAACAGGUUUUGCAACAACAUCGGCAUAUUUUACAACACCUAUAGGUUAUUUAUGUGACCUUGUUGAAGGAAUGGAUUCAACAUCUCUUAUCCCUGAUACGAAAAUUGUCCUAAGUACAGGAGAAAAUCCAGAUGUUAUUCGACCAAAUAAUAAUGGUUGGAGCAUUGAUGUAAUGAAAAUCCCAACUGCAUCAGUGGAGGUUAAACUUGGAUACAUUCUUGAAAAAGGUGCAAUACUGAGAUUACCUGAACAUGAUAAUGUUUAUCAAUAUGAAGUGACAACACUUACAUCUAACAUGACAAAGUUAAAUACUAAGACCCGUCAUGCUAAUGCAAGUACUUCUAUUCCAAGUGGAACAAAAGCCAGAGGGAUUUUAAUUAAAUUUAAACCUUCAAGUUAUAAAAACAUGAAAAUCACUUUGUCCCUGAAAGGUUGCUUCAAGAAAGUUAUUCCUGUUGAUUUUGAAACACCUUACCAAGACUAUUUUGGUACAGUCCAUAGUGUAUCUGCUACAAAAGAGAUUAAGCCAUCUGUGUCUUCAGCAGCACCAAAUAUAUCUGGAACCGCUGUUACUCUAUCAGAGGUAACUGGUCCUAUACGCCCUCACACUGGGAUAACUGGUUCAAAAGGUCCUGAAACUGCUGCAAGCAUAGCUACUCCAACAGUUUCUUCAGCAGGGCCCAUAGUAUCUGGAACAUCUAUUUCUUCAACAGGUGCAAGUGGUUUCCCUAUUUCAUCUACAGGUGCAAGUGGUUUCCCUAUUUCAUCUACAGGUGCAAGUGGUUUCCCUAUUUCAUCUACAGGUGCAAGUGGUUCCGCUAUUUCAUUCACAGGAUCAAGUGUAUCUGACAUAUCAUUUAUUCCUUCAGCUGCAAGCACAGGUACUCCAACAGUUUCCUCAGCAGUACCCAGAAUAGCUGGCCCAUCGGUUACUCCAACAGGUUCAGUUGGUCCAUCUGUUUCCUUCCCAGCUUCAAGCACAGGUACUCCAACAGUUUCUUCAGCAGUCCCCAGAAUAGCUGGUCCAUCUGUUACUCCAACAGCUACAAGCACAGGUAGUCCAACAGUUUCUUCAGCAGUCCCCAGAAUAGCUGGCCCAUCUGUUACUCCAACAGGGGCAACUGUUUCAAAAGGUUCUCAAACCGGAACAGGUGUAUCUGGCAUAUCUCGUUCUCCAUCAGGUUUCACUGGGUCAAAAGGUCUUCAAACUGGACCAAGUGUAUCUGGCAUAUCUCUCACUCCAUCAGGGAUAACUGGCCCAAACUGUACUCACACUGCUCCACCUGGUUCUCCUAUUUCAUCCACAGGACCAAGUGUAUCUGCAGCAGGUGUUACUCCAUCAGUUGAAAACUGCAAAUUUAUGGAUGGAAUGACAAAAGGGAAAUUUAUCCCAGAUUCUGAUAUCUUCAUAUCCACCAAGGAAUCUCCAGAAGUGCUACGGCCAUUUGGAACAGGUUUGAAAAUAAAGCCAUCUGCUUCAUCAAAAGUUGGAGUUAAAAUUGAUAACAACAUUUUGAAAUAUGGAGCAGCAGUUAUUUUACAGAAGCAUAAAAAUGUAGCUACGUUUACCAUAAGUUUUCAGAAAAAUCAUUCAAAUGUAAUUAGGACUUUCGAAGCAACUGAAAAUGGUACAAUACCACAAGGAACAAAUGCAAGACAGAUUCUGAUUCACUUUCAAUCAGUAAACUCACAAGAACCAAUGACUGUCACUAUGACAAUUAUUGGCUGUUUCCAACGAAUAACAUCAUCUACUGCAGUCCCAUAUUCCUCAUCUAUUCAGACAGGUUCAACACAACCUUCUUCUUCCAUUGGAACUUCACAACCAGUUACACCUCAUUCAACAGCUUCAGUACAUCCUUCCUCCAUUGUAACUUCACAACCAGUUACACCUCAUACAACAGAAUAUCCUUCUUCCUUCAUUGUAACUUCACAACCAGUUACAUUUCAUUCAACAGAAUAUCCUUCUUCCUUCGUUGUAACUUCACAACCAGUUACACCUCAAACAACAGAAUAUCCUUCUUCCUUUGUUGUAACUUCACAACCAGUUACACCUAAUACAACAGAAUAUCCUUCUUCCUUCGUUGUAACUUCACAGCCAGUUACACCUCUUACAACAGAAAAAUCGUGUGAAAUGGUAAAUCUUAUGAGCGCUCCUGAACUUCUUCCCGAUUCAUACAUUACCGUUUCAAGUAACCAAGAUAAUGCGUCUGAAAUAAGACAUUUACGUCAAGGCUGGGUUUCAGAUAAAAGGGAUUAUUUCCCUACAGUUCACAUUUUCAUUCCAAGUCAGUAUUUGAUAUUUGGAGCUCGUUUAAGCCUGUCACUUAAAAGAAAUAUACGAACAUUUGAUUUAAUUUUUGAAAGUGUAAAAGACAAACCUUCACAGGAUGUGUAUACAGUGUGUGGAGUGCAUGGGGAGACUGUUCCAAAACCUGUGAUAAUGGUUACCGUUCUCGAGGAAGGAAAAGGACUGUGGGAAAAGGCACUGAACUUUGUGAUAAACCACUAA